AUGCCAUCUCAAUCCCAAUCCAAGCUCAGGAUCAUGAUCAGCCUGUUCUUCACCACCUUCUUCCUCCUAGCGCAGGCCGCUGUUCCCUCAUCAACGUAUGUCGGGCGAGGCACCUCACCGGAUCCAAACGAUAAUAUCACGGUUUCUAUCAACGUGCCGAAUGACAACUCCGACUCUCUCUUCUUCCACUUCUCUGCGCCUGCGGGCCAGGCAUGGGGUGCCUUUGGCUUCGGCACCCAGAUGGCGGGAGCUUUGAUCUUUGUCACAUAUGCGUCGCAAAGUGGGAACAACGUCACAGUCAGUCCUCGUCUGGGAAAGGGCCAUGUCAUGCCCCAACAUACCUCGGAUGUCCAAGUGGACGUGCUGAGUGGCAGUGGUAUCAUUGACGGAUCUUUCGUUGUCAAUGCUAAAUGCUCCAACUGUCGAAGCUGGGAUGGUGGGAAUAUCAAUGUGGACAGCACGAACCAGCCCAUGAUCUGGGCCGCUGGUCCAACAGGCUCUCUGUCUUCCAACGACGUCAAUGCCCAAAUCAAACAACAUGAGGGGUACAAUUUCUUCAAUAUAGACCUUAAAGCUGCAACCGGCACUGGCGGCGUCCCGGUCGUUGGCGCGUCCUCGGACACGGUGGUUGGUGGCGGUCCUGUUGGUGAUUUUCACCGUGGCGCCACUGGUUUCCACGCGUUCCUCAUGGUUGCGGCCUUCUUGAUCGUCUUUCCAGGAGGAUAUCUGUUCCUUCGCGUAUUUGAGAAGGUGUGGCUUCACUGGGGUAUCCAGUCCUUGGCCCUGCUCAUGACUAUUCUGGGUAUGGGUGUUGGAAUCGCCAUCAGCAAGAGAAACAAGAUUUCUCCUAACUUGACCGCUGGUCAUCAAAUCCUCGGCUUCGUCGUUGUCGGUCUCGCGCUUGUCACCUGGAUUGUCGGACUGGUUGGGCAUCGCAUCUACAAGAGGACGAAGCAGCCUGCCAAGAUCAUGAAAGGACAUCGUGUGCUGGGUCCUGCCACGAUAACCUUAGGUCUGGCCAACUGCAUCGUGGGUUUUCGCUUCGCCGACAACACUCGCGCAACCAUCGUCUUUGCCAUUGCGAUGCUCUUAAUGCUCAUUUUCGUCGGAACUGUGACAUUCUUCAAGCGCCGCCAGCAACAGCGAAAAGCGCCUAUGAACACCCCAGCUGCGGCUAACUUCCGCGAGGGCCAAGCCGAGCCGCCCAACUAUACGGGUGAGGCGCCACUACCUCUCUAUGGUCAAGGGGGAAUUCCCCUGCAGAGCUAUGCGAAUAAUCAGGCCCCUCCUGUGUAUCGCUAG